ACCGGAGGCGAAAACCCCAAUAGCCUGGCGAUCUACCAGCUGCCCACCCUCGACCCGGUGUUCCUGGGCGACUGCCAAGGUCACAAGGACUGGCUUUUUGCUAUCGCUUGGAUGAGUGACACCGUGGCCGUGAGUGGCUCUCGCGAUGGCACUGUAGCACUGUGGCGGGUGGACCCUGACAUGUUCAAAACCAGCAUUGCCUGGCACAGCGAUGUGGGGCUUCCUGUAUAUGCCCAUAUCCGUCCAAGGGACUUAGAGGCCAUCCCCAGAGCCACCACCGGCCCUGGUAACCGCAAAGUAAGAGCCCUGGCUUUCAGUGGCAAAAACCAGGAGCUGGGAGCAGUGUCCUUGGAUGGCUAUUUUCACCUGUGGAAAGCCCGGAGCGCCCUGUCCAGGCUUCUGUCCAUCAGGCUGCCCUACUGCAGAGAGAACGUGUGCCUGACCUAUUGUGAUGAGUUGUCUCUAUAUGCGGUGGGCUCCCAGUCUCUUGUCUCCUUCUUAGAUCCACGACAACGAUAGCAGAACAUCAGGCCCUUAUGCUCCCGAGAAGGUGGCACAGGUGUGCGCUCAUUGAGCUUCUACCAGCACGUCAUCACUGUGGGUACGGGCCAUGGCUCUCUGCUCUUCUGUGACAUCCGGGCCCAGAAGUUCCUGGAGGAGAGGUCUUCCCCCAGUCCAGACUCCUUUUCCAGGCCCACAGGGAAGAAGCUGAAACUCACCUGUAGCAGUGGCUGGCUCAACCGUGAUGACCUCUGGGUGAACUACUUUGGUGGCGUGGAGGAAUUCCCCAAUGCAGUGUACAUCCACUGCUACAACUGGCCAGAGAUGAAGCUUUUUGUAGUUGGGGGGCCACUCCCAUCAGGCCUCCAUGGGAAUUAUGCAGGCCUCUGGAGCUAA